AUGGUUUGCCAGGCACGCCACACAAAGUACUCGGAGCCGGUUGCGCCACCAUUUGCCAUGCCAUCCACACAGUUCGAUGUGCGCGACCUCGAGCCCAGCCGGCCCAACAUCCCAUCAUCUGCAGACACAGGGAUCCGUCAAAAGGCAGGAAUCCCGGGCGUUCGCUGUCCCACUUGCGCCGCCAGUGGCUCCGAGGUCUGGGUCAUUCAGGGUCGCGCUUGUGGCACCUGCGGUACUCCUUGCUUCUGA